AUGUCGAUUGAUGCCUCACUAUUUUUUUCGCGAGAGGAACCUGCGCCUUGGCCUCAGCUGAGCGGGCAUGGCUGCUUUAUUCGGGGGGCGCGACACAGCGGAAAGACGUCUUUUGCCUUCCAAGCAGCUGUGAACACCGCGCAAGACGGAGGUCGGGUGGUGGUACUGUGCCGGGAGCACGUCCUCUAUGUGAAAAUGCCACAGCCAUUCACUCCACUGGGUAGCCUUGACGAGGACGCGCUUCUUCGCAUUGAGUUUAUGUACGUUGAUAGUUUUCCCGAUGCUUUCCGCGAGGUUGGCGCAUGGAGUACACCGGAUGAUGUUCCUGCACUGCUGCUUUUUGACGACGACAGCUUUACCGACGCGGGGGACACUCGUCGGACGGCACAGGUGCUUUCGGCCCUGGAGAAUGUGCAUGCGUGGAUAACACGUUGUGGUCGAUGCUUCCAUUAUGUCUUUGUUUCCAACAGUUUUCCAGAAAUUUGGCAGGGGGCUGAGCUUCCCUUUGCCGCCUUCCCGCUCGUCUGCUUUCUCUUUGGAUCGACCGGCUCUGUCUCGGUGCAGACGACAGUGGGAGACAUGUCGGAGCCCAAACCUCUGCGGUUGUCGUGGCAUAACGGGCUUUGUAUGGAGAAGUGA